UCAAAUUCCCAUUGCUCUCCUCUCACAAACCACCGCAUAAUUUGUGCAGACACGCAGAGAGAGAGAGAGAGAGAUUCAGGAAAAAAGCCUAGAGAGAGAUUCAAUCCCACCGCAUCUCUCUCUGCUCUUUGAGUCCGUGUUGUCCAACACCCCAUUUAUUGUUCUUGAGCUUUUCCGAAGGCUGUCGGUAGCCUUUGAUCUGAGAAUUUUUGCCAUCUAAUUGUUUUGUUGAGAAGAAAAAAUGGUGUUCUGGGUUUUUGGCUACGGGUCAUUGGUGUGGAACCCCGGAUUUGAAGUCGAUGAGAAAGUGAUUGGGUUUAUUAAGGACUACAGGCGUGUUUUCGAUUUAGCAUGCAUUGAUCACAGAGGUACGCCUGAGCGCCCAGCGAGAACCUGCACCUUGGAAGAAUAUGAAGGAGCCGUCUGUUGGGGCGCUGCUUAUUGCGUGCGUGGAGGGCCAGAAAAAGAAAAAGCAGCAAUGGAGUAUCUGGAGAGAAGAGAAUGCGAAUAUGACCAAAAAACUUUGGUAGACUUUUUCAAAGAGGGCGACUCUGAUCAGCCCUUUCUAACUGGUGUGAUAGUGUUUACAUCCACCCCUGACAAGAUAUUGAAUAAGUAUUACUUGGGGCCUGCCCCUUUGGAGGACAUGGCUAGGCAAAUUGCAACGGCCUUUGGUCCUUGUGGCAACAACAGGGAAUACCUUUUCUUGUUGGAAAAGGCUUUGUUUGAUAUUGGUCAUGAAGAUGACUAUGUGAUUGAGUUGGCGAAUGAGGUGAGGAAGGUACUUGGAAUAAUUGGUGGUGUGCCGGCGGAAAUGAAUUUGUCUAGUCCAACCAAUGCCUCUCUCAGGUCCAGUUUGUCACCCCUCAAACUGAGCCCUUUGCCUGGAGCAAUCGCCCUGGAUUCGUAGGGGCUGCUAAUUGACACAACAUGAUCAAGCUUUCUCCUUAACAGAGUAACUUGCGGAUAUUAGGAAUUCUUUGUUUUUAAAUUUUCUCACUUCUGUGCUUUAGUUGACAUAGUUUAUGGAAAUGGUGUAGUGUUAGGUUAGGGUAGGAUGACAUAAUUUGGCCACUCACAGAAUGUUGCCCUCCCUUUAUAUUGAGUUACCAUUGGCCAUGAAUGAAAUUUGAAGCAUUUUCUCUUUCA